UGCACGCCGCCGCAUUCGAGAUGCGGAUCCCACCAGCCAGCCCCACGCACACCGCCGCGUAUCCCAACCCGCACCGGCGCCCGACAGGGACGGCCGAAAGAUCGCACUACGGGAAACACCGGCGCCACGGCACCCCUUCCUCCUCCUCCUGUCCUCCGCCAAAACCGCACCGCACAUCACCGUCCCGCCGCGCCUGGCCAAGCGCCCGCCCCGGAACGCCACGCCGCAGCCUCGCAGUAAACGCCAUCUCCUCUUUAACCCCACCGCCGCGGGCUCCCGUUCUAUUUUCUCCCCAGACAAAGCUUUGAAGUUUUCGAUGCCACGGAGGCAUCGGCCCGGUUAGGAGGGGACCCGCACGCCGCCGCAGCCAGUGCCGCCGCCCGCGCCCGCCGAUGCCGGUGAAGCGGUCGCGGCGCCGCGCGCGAGCGCGCCUCUGCCUCCGCCUCGCCGCGCCCCUCUCCUUCCUGCUGCUCCUCGCGGCGCUGCUCCGCACCCAGUCCCUCCUGGGGGCGCCCCCCGCCGCGCCGCCGCCCGCCGCGGGGCCCGCCAAGGUCGCCUUCCUCUUCCUCGUCCGCGCCGGCGUGCCGCUCGACUUCCUCUGGGACGCCUUCUUCCGCAACGGCGACGAGGGGAAGUUCUCGGUGUACGUGCACUCGGCGCCCGGGUUCCAGCUUGACCGCACCACCACGGGAUCGCCGUACUUCUACGGGCGGCAACUCACGAGGAGCGUGAAGGUAGCGUGGGGCGAAGCGACCAUGGUCGAGGCGGAAAGGAUGUUGUUCGCCGCCGCGCUCCAGGAUACCGCGAACCAGCGCUUUGUUUUGCUCUCGGAUAGUUGCGUUCCUCUCUAUAAUUUCAGCUACAUAUAUACUUACUUGGUGGCUUCACCUAAAAGUUUUGUAGACAGUUUCGUUGACAAGACGGAUGAGCGUUAUAAUCCAAACAUGUCUCCCACCAUUCCAAAGGAUAAAUGGAGGAAAGGGUCCCAGUGGGUAACGUUAAUCAGAAGACAUGCCGAAGUUAUUGUUGGUGACAAAAAUGUCCUUCAAGUAUUCAGAAGGCAUUGCAAGAUGGUAGUGACCAAGACUUUGCUUGGACGAAAGCCAAAUGCUAGACGAUAUGGGUUCAAUUUUCGGAGAAACCAGAAAAGAGUUUCUCUAGAGGAGCAUGAUUGUAUUCCUGAUGAACACUAUGUGCAGACGUUAUUUUCUAUCAAAGGUCUUGAAGAUGAACUGGAAAGAAGAACUUUGACCUAUACCUCAUGGAACCAAUCAUCAAAUCCGAAAGAGAAAAUGGCUUGGCAUCCUAUGAAAUUUGAGUACGACACAACUAGUCCUGAGCAUAUCAGUGUUAUCAAGAGUAUCGAUCAUGUCAACUAUCAAAUGGAGUACAGGACAGAGUGGUGCCAAUGCAAUGGUACCUCCGUUCCAUGUUUUCUAUUUGCUAGGAAGUUCUCUUAUAGUGCGGCCAUGCAUCUGUUGGAGCAAGGAGCUGUUGGCCCGCCGAAAUCUGCUCAGCUGCUGGUUAACUUUUAACAAAAAUUUUAUACAAGUUCAUAUUCAUCGUUUUGACGGGUCAGGCACUGUUCAUAACUGGUACCAGCCUCAUUGGAUGCAGUAUUAGUUGCAGCUGAAACCACUGAGAUAUGGAGUAUCAUAGUGUAAUGACAGUGAUCAGAUUGCGCUUAGGCGGUUAGGACGGAAGAGGUUUGAUGUACAGAGCAGCAGUUUUUGAAGUUUUUCAGCUCCAUCACUAUACAAUCUCCAAGAGAUAGGUAGGAUCAUCUACCUGUAAUGAAGGAUGGAGACAUGGAGUAUUCCCAAUCCUUCCCCCAAUACUACUGACAGAACAGGGGAAUUGUAGCAAUAGCUUUAAUGAUUGUAUACAUAUUCUUCCCCUUGUAAAAUCUGAAGGUAGAUUUUUUGGUUAUUACAUACAAACUCUUUAAAUAUAGUGAACAGAGGCAGAAGCCAGAAGACAAAUGUGCCACCUGACUGUUCAGAAUACUGAUCAUACAA